AUUAUCAGCGGUAUUUCAGGACAUGUUGAGCCAGGAACCAUGCUUGGUGUUAUUGGUCCAAGUGGUGCAGGAAAAUCCACUUUUUUAGACAUUCUUUCUGGAAGAGCAAUGAAGGGAGUAGUCAAAGGAACUGUCACAAUUGGGCACGAUUUAUCACAAUCUACAUUUCGUAAACUAUCUGGCUUUGUUGAUCAGGAGGAUGUAUUCAUGCCGACCAUGACAGUUCGUGAGGUACUCGAGUUUUCUGCUGCACUUCGCCUUCCAGAGUCGCUCACUCGCAUUGAAAGACAACAACGUGUUGAUGAAGUUCUGGAAGAGCUUGGACUAUCUCAUAUUCAAAACAGCCGUGUUGGUAACUCUAUGAAGCGUGGCAUUUCUGGUGGUGAAAAGCGUCGACUCAGCAUUGGAGUGGAGCUUGUUACCAAUCCAGCAGUGAUUUAUUUAGACGAACCAACCAGUGGAUUGGAUUCACGCAGUGCAGUUCAGGUCAUGAGUACUUUAGCAGCAUUAUCCCACAAAUCGAAGCGUACAGUUAUUUUUUCCAUUCACCAGCCUCGCUCAGAUGUGUUUUCCAUGUUUGACCAGAUCCUGUUGCUUUCCAAGGGCUCGACUGUAUUUUUUGGUCGAUCAGAGGAUGCUGCUAGCUUUUUGGACAGUCGUGGUCUUGGUUGUCCUUCUGGAUAUAAUCUUGCCGAUCAUUUGAUUGACGUAGCAAGCGAACAUUCGGCAGGACUAUCGUCUUCUGACCAAGGAUGUACUUCUGCCAAAAAAACUAAACCCAAGCACAAUCAGUUUACAGCAAGCUUUUUAACCCAGCUUAGUGUGCUAUUGAAGCGAUCUUGGACCAACUUUUGGCGUAACUCGGGACUGUUUGUUGCCCAUAAUGUAAUUGCCGCUAUUCUGGGUUUGUUUUUAGGGAUUUUGUACUGGAAAUCGGAUUCUUCACUUGGUGGUAUUCAAAAUCGACUUGGAUCCAUAUUCUUUAUACAAAGCCUUUUGGGAUUCUCUUCAUUGACUGCUAUUUCGGCAUUUUCGACAGAAAAAUUGCUGUUCAUUAGAGAGCGAUCCAAUGGAUACUAUAGUGCCGGGCCGCUGUUUAUCUGCAAGAUGCUAUUUGACCUGAUUCCACUACGCAUCAUUCCAGGCUUGAUUUUAUCGGUCAUUCCAUUUUACAUGAUUGGGUAUACCUCUGGUGCUGAGAAUUUUUUACGUUAUAUGGCGGUUAUGAUGGUGUUUGCAGGAAAUUGUGGACUAUUUUGCUUUGCGCUUGGAUGUGCAUUUAUAGAGUAUGGAACAGCUAUUCUCGUUGCUGCAAUCCUAUUACUCUUUCAAAUGCUUUUUGCAGGCUUGCUCGUCAAUCCCCUUAAAAUGUCACCAGCAAUCUCCUGGCUCCAAUAUCUUUCAUUCUUUAAAUACGCAUACGAAGCAGUUGUUGUGAAUGAUGCAAGCGGUCUCAAAUUUGUUGAUCAAAUCAAUGGAGUGGAUAUCACUAUUCCCGCCACCAUUGUUCUUGGAAAAUUCGGUAUUGACAUCAAUGCCUUUUGGCGUGAUUUCUGCAUCAAUGUUGGCAUCUUUGUCAUGCUCUUGUUAUUGUCUGCCAUUUGUGUUACAAGACGCCUUCGUGAACGUAGAUAGAUGUGCUUUGGAUCAUUCCUUUAUAAAAUGGUAUUUCUAGUUUUUAAUAAUAAAUCUGUUUUGUUCAAG